UGUAGUGCUGCUUGAGAACAAUAGCAGCGAACUGCGGAAGGAAAUUAGAGCCGUUUAACCGGGACCAAUACAGCAGGCGGCAAAAGCAAAGCGGUGUUGCAGCCGUUUCAGCGCCUUCGUGCAGUAAGUGCGUCGUGCUUUGUUGGCACCGUUGUUUGCAAUUGAUUUAUUUUGCAUCCACCGACAGGACACUCCGUCGGUUACGGCUGAGAGGACAUCUGCACGCAGUACACUGUUUAUCAUCACCGCGACCCAGUAACCGCGGCAGACGGUGUUGCGUUUGCAACCAGAUUGGAUUAACUUCCUGCUGCGAUAUGGCGCGUGGAAACAACACGGAGGGGAACGAGCUGCUGUUUAGCUUAGAGGAGCCCCGCUAAGGAUCACUGUUACCUCAGUGAAACAAACUAGUUCUGAGGCACACCGAGGGACCAGUGGGGCAUGAGCUGUGGGCGCUCGGCUAACAAAUACCGGAUUUUAACAGCCCUAUUUUCAAAAUAAAAGCCGUCGUUUAUUAACAGACCUGCGUGAGAAACAGCUGAACGGACACGCAUUAAAAAUACUGAGAGGAAGCACAGCAGGUAUCGCGACAUGAGCGACUCCGGGGAUGCAGCAAGUGUUCCCGGCUUCUCCUCCCCGAGCAGCGGGCUGGGGAGAGCACUCGCGGCCCGGGUCAGGACUCUGACCUCCCCACCUCCGCCUGGAAGACUGACGUCCCUCAGAACCCGGGACCUGACGCUGGGGGGAGGCUUCAAAAAGACUAAGAAAACCUUUGAGCCUAACGUCCACGCCGUGAGGAAGAGUAAAGACGAGCUAAAGGAGGAGAUCCACGUGGCUCCGAAAAAGGAGAGAAGAGAUAGGAAUGAGCGGAGGAGAGAGAGCAGAGGGAGGAGGAAGGAGCGGCCUCAGACCAUCCAGUCCCACUCCAUCUUUGAACAGGGUCCUGCUGACAGCGUGUGCAAAACAGGCUGGCAUGGUGCUACACACCUGCAGGAGUCUGCCACCUCUCCUGUCUGCAAACUGCUCAAGAAAGAGACAAAGGAGGAAGAGGAAGAUGAGAUACUCGGUAAACUUCAGCGAGAUGAUUUCAUCGAUGAUCCGGGUCUGAGGAAUGAUGCAAAGCUGAAGCCCAUCCAGCUGCCUCUGUGUCAGUCCAGCAGUCGCACUCUGACCUCCAGGACACGUCCAGAGAGGCCCACUGUGUUCAGACCUCAGUCCUGUGCAGGGACCAGCAGGACCGAGCGGCCUAAAUCAGAGCAGCCGUCGCUGGUAGAACUGCUGCAGGAUCUCAGCCUGUCCGGCAGGGAGGAGCUCUUCUUCAUGCAGCUGCCCGACUGCAUGCCAGGUAGAGCGUCUGGAGCGAAGGUCGACCUGGCUCCUGGGCCUGCAGCAGAGACGCCUGCAACAAAGGAGGGCAAGCAUGAAGUGAAGAGGACUCCACAUCUUCAAGCAAAAAGUGCAGUGAAAGAGGGCUGUCCUGUGCUCUCGCAGUUCCCAGAAGGAUUUCUGGGUAAGCUGCAGAUCAGGAAGUCCGGAAAGGUGGAGCUGAAGCUGGGUGACAUCAUCAUGGACGUCUCAGAGGGAGCUGCAUUCUCCUUCCUGCAGCAACUGGUGUCUGUGCGUCUGUGUGAUGGGCGGACUGGAGAUAUGAUGGUGCUGGGAAACGUCCAUCACAAACUGGUUUUAUCUCCGGACUUCCAGGCUUUACUGGGCCAAGCUGCAUCACAGCAGCCUCCGGGCCCCUGAGGGUCUCCCUGCAGGUGACCCGUAGACACUGUAGGAGGAGAAACUGCAGUAAAUGUGUUGGGAAGAACAGUCUGAGGGUACACUGCUGAGAGUCACCAUCAAGGUAACAUGCAUCUGUGUUUAAAUCAUGUGAAGUCUUUGAAAUGAAUCUUUUUAGAACACAGACGUUUCCCUCUCUGGGAUGAAGAUAUCAGCGCAGUAAAAUGGGCCAUGAACCAUCAGCCUGCUGACCACAAGGACCAUCAUAGUGUGUCACUCACACGGGCUGUCACAAGGCCUGAUGCAGCAGUACAGUAUCUGGAUGCUGAGCUGUAGUAAAAAUGUCACCACAGGGUUUUUCCCAUUUAAAGAGCAGCUUCUGCAAUGACCCAGGAUGUGUGACAGACUCCUCCCACCAGAGGAUGGCUGUGGGUCUCAGACACAUGGGUGUGUCUUAAUGGGGACCAGUGCCUGCUGAGUGGUUGGAUUCAACAACAAGUACUUAACCACCAGAUGACACCACCUGGCCCUCUCCUCCACCCAACAGCCUGUUACCGAGUGUUGCUUUGAGUGUCUGACUGAACACGUGGCCAGCUGGUAUAUUAGUAUCAGCUGAUUUGUGUCUGGUGCUAGGACAUUGACCUUCGUAAAUGAGGUCAUUUGUAACCCGUCCACUGUACAUGUGUAUGUAGUCCAGUGGUCGGAGCGAGAAGCCUUUCUGUUGAACCCAGGUCUGUUUGUCAAAGUAAAACUUUAUAUAAACUGUU